UCCCAUUCUGUGGCGCACGAGAUUUACCGUAAUACCAGCUCACACACAAGCGCGGGCCACGCUCCUGUUACCUCUCCUGUUUGUUGAUGUUGUGACCGCUUCAGUGGAUUUGAGUCAGGGAUUCGUGACUCUCUGACAGGACACAGAAAACCUUUCUGAAAAGACAAUGCGGGAAGACGACUCCUCCCCAAUGGAUAGCGCUGGCAACAGUGAGGAGGAGACCGACCGACAGCUGCCGCGGAGAGGCGCGAGGAAGAGGCGGACGGCGCGGAGGAGCACGGACGAAGAGGAGGAAGCGGACGUGGAGAGCCCCGGUCCGGUGAAGAAGAAAUGCAGGAAAAGCGGAGACGGAGGAGGAGGCAGCACCGGGAGCGGCGGAAGCGAGGCCAGCAGUAGCCCCGCGCGCUCAUUCGACGACCUGCAGACGCAGCGCGUGAUGGCCAACAUCCGCGAGCGCCAAAGGACGCAGUCCCUCAACGAGGCAUUCACGUCGUUACGUAAGAUCAUUCCCACUCUGCCGUCGGACAAACUCAGCAAGAUCCAAACCCUGAAGCUGGCAGCGCGGUACAUCGACUUCCUUUGCCAAGUUCUACAAAGCGACGAGCUGGACGCGCGAGGGACCAGCUGCAACUACGUGGCGCACGAGCGCCUGAGCUAUGCGUUCUCAGUCUGGAGGAUGGGGGGCGCGUGGUCCUUGUCGACUACGUCCCACUAGCAGGGCUGCUCCUGGUGGCACAGUACGAUUACUCAGACUGAGGAACCAGUGGAUCAGACAGACUAAAAUAGACCAAACACACCUGGGCCCCAGUCUCGGCUGCUGUGCUUCAGGCCUCAGAGGAUAGCAGCUUUUUUCAUAUUUCCCUUUGCACGGACUGAAAUGUUUGCAAGGGAGCACUUAGGACAGACAGGACGGAUAUGAAGAAAGAAAGACCACUGCGACUAUGAAUGUUGUAAAGGAAAAAAAAACUGACAAACGGCUCCGUUUUGAAACACGAGAGAAAGAUGACAGACCAUUCCACAUUAACCUGUGACACCGCAUCACAGAAAAUGAAGUAUUUUGUAUUUAUUUUUCUACACAGGUCUGAAACUUCUUUCUCCCCCUAUUUCAAAUAAAGGUUAUUUAUUUUUGCAGUAUCACAGAAUUCCAAUUGGAUCUAGAGUCUUUGCAUUUUGAGUGUUGUAAAUAUUUGGUAAUAUC